AUGUGCCUCCCUCACACCAACAACAUGGACAGCAAGCUACAGGCGGGGCCGGGGGGAGGGGCUUCACUUCGAUCAUGCGCAGGAGGCGUUCCACUGGAGCCCUUCAUACACCAGGUGGGCGGUCACACCAGUAUGAUGCGUUACGAUGACCACACAGUGUGUAAGCCGCUGAUCUGUAGAGAGCAGCGCUUCUACGAGUCUCUGCCUCCAGAAAUGAAGGAGUUCACUUCGGAGUAUAAAGGUGUGGUGCUGGUGUGUUUCGAGGGCGACUCAGAUGGCUACAUCAACCUGGUGGCGUACCCCUACGUGGAGAGCAACAUGGAGGGGGGGCCCCCUGAGCACGAGGAACGGGACCCCCCGGAGAGGGAGCAGCCGAGGAGGAAGCACUCCAGACGCAGCCUCCAUCGCUCGUCGUCCUCCUCGGAACACAAAGACGAGCGGAUGGACAAGAGGGAGGCACACGACAACGACCCUUCUGACAGUCUGGCAGAGCUGAAGAGCCCACGGCUCGACCCAAAAAUCCACUCGGAUGUUCCCUUCCAGAUGUUGGACUGGAACAGCGGUUUGAGCUCGGAAAAGAUCAGCCACAACCCCUGGAGCCUGCGCUGCCACAAACAGCAGCUGAGCCGCAUGAGGUCUGAAUCCAAGGACCGCAAACUCUUCAAGUUCCUGCUGUUGGAGAAUGUGGUCCACCACUUCUCGUACCCCUGCAUCCUGGACCUGAAGAUGGGCACCAGGCAGCACGGAGACGAUGCCUCUGAGGAGAAGGCGGCCAGACAGAUGAAGAAAUGUGAACAGAGCACUUCAGCUACGCUGGGAGUCCGAGUGUGUGGCAUGCAGGUGUACCAGCUGAACACGGGUCACUACCUCUGCAGGAACAAGUACUACGGGCGCGGCCUGUCGAUCGAGGGUUUCCGUCAGGCGCUCUACCAGUACAUGCACAACGGGAAGGGUCUGAGGCAGGACCUCUUUGAGCCAAUCCUGAAUAAGCUACGCAGCCUGAAGGCGGUGCUGGAGAGGCAGGCGUCCUAUCGCUUCUACUCGUCUUCACUGCUCAUCAUCUAUGAGGGACAGGAUCUUGAGGGGCCUUCAGUCCUCGGCUCAGGGCAGCACUCAACCCUCACACAGAAGACUCCUGCGGCCCCUGCAGAGCCUCACCGUGGCCCCGUACCCCACCCACCCCCACCCACAGGAGCCCCCUGUGUCACGGACAUGAGCCAGAACCCAGUCCCCGUGUCUCUGUCCUCUCAGGGACCUGGACUUAUGGCUCUGCCCUCUCCCUCCCCUCGUCCUCCCCCACAGACCCCUCCCACCAAAUCAGACUGCCACUCUUCCUUCCUCCCCCCUCACUCCCAUCCAGACUCCUUCUCCCCCGCUCCCAGCUUACCGUCCUUCCCCGCUGCUCCGCCCCCACCACCUAAGCAGCCCCCUCUGGUGGACGUUCGUAUGAUCGACUUCGCCCACUCCACCUUCAAAGGGUUCCGCGGAGACACAGCGGUGCACGACGGUCCAGACCGGGGCUACGUGUUCGGACUGGAGAGCCUGGUCCAGAUCCUGGAAAGCCUGCGGGACGACAACCUGCAGUAGCUCCAGGCACAUACACACGCACGCACACACACACACACACACACACACACACACACACACACACACACAUACACAUACACAUACAUACACAUACACAUACACACACACACACACACACACACACACACACUCGCAGUCGGUGAAGGUCGUGCUGCAGAUUUCUCAGUCUGGCUGUAAGAGAGGAACAUGGUCCUUCAGGGCAUCACCAUGGCAACAUGGGUAUUCUACAGUCAUGUAGUUACUGUAGCAACAGCCGAGAGUUUUCUGUGGAGCCGUCUGACAGCCGGACAGAGCGCCGACCAAUCAGCUGACUCCCAGGGGCCGCCCACUGAAACCGGCCAACUCUCACUUUACCCCUCCUCCUCUUCCUCCUCCUCCUCCUCUCACUCCGAGUCCCCUCUUCCGCCUCACCCCUCUUUCUCUACAGAAACCAAACCUGGACAGGUGAACCGACUCUCUCUAGAGUCAACGCACUCAGAAACACAUCCAAGCAUCUGUUUAAAGCAAUAGACGGGGAAGAUAGACAGCGACUUUUCUUUUAAUUGUUUUCUUCAGCAGAGCGGAGGGCAGCGUCGCCCACGGGGAGGAGAAGUGCAACAGAGAUUUGAAUCAUAGACGUUUCAGGAGCUGGUAAAGAAGUGCAUGCAGAUUAAUGUCCUCCUGUUCGGGUCAGUCUCCUUCACAGCGUCAAACCUUCCUGUUACAGUCGUCACAGAGACGUCCACGUGUCCCUCAGAUCAUGAUUCUUCGUCAUGAGUAUUAGCCUCAAUGAUCGAUCAGUUAUUUAGUUGCAUUUUCUGCAUCUGACAUCAUCCUGACUGUUUGUUAGAACAGUGAAAGUACGUGAGAUUAAAUCUUUCCAGAAGCUUU